AUGUCUGACUGCAAUAGACGUCUCUUUGCCGCCGCCCGUAACGAUUGUAAGCGUGUCCUAAAUGAUGCUAAGUCACUAUUUGCGGCUCGAAUGAAGGAACGUAUUGCAUCUCGCAAAUUUGGCUCCAAAGAUUAUUGGCGUCUCUGCAAGAGUGUAUUGAAUAAGUGCAAACCCUCUAUACCUCCUCUAUUCAACCAGUUCGAAGUCUUGACCUCCUCUACCGACAAGGCUGAAUGCUUUGCUCGGAAAUUUUCAUCCAACUCGACGCUCGACUCUUCUGGUGUACCCAUACCUGACUUUCCUCUUAGAACUGAGGCCAUAUUGAGUGGGUUAAACAUAACCCCAACCUUGUCUCCUUCCCUCUUCGGCAAAAUCUUCGAAGCUCUAAUCAAUACCGGGGUGGUUAACCACCUCACAUCCAAUAAUCUGCUCUCAGACAAGCAAUAUGGUUUCCGCUUUGCCAGAUCUACAGCCGAUGUGCUCACAGCCAUCACGGAAACAGUCUACCGAACUCUCCAAAAUAACGGGGAAGCCCGAGCCGUGGCACUAGAUAUCUCCAAAGCAUUUGAUAGGGUUUGGCACGCCGGCCUUCUCCGCAAGAUCCAGGGUUAUGGCAUUACGGGUCAAUUAUAUAACGUAAUACAAUCAUUCCUGUCAAACCGUGAAUUGAAGGUCGUUCACAACGGAUUCUCCUCCAGUUCCUACCCCACGAACGCAGGAGUUCCUCAAGGCUCCAUCCUAGGCCCCACUCUAUUCCUUAUCUAUAUAAAUGACCUUCCUGACGCCGUAACUUCUCAAGUCGGCAUCUACGCGGAUGACACCACAAUUUAUUCCUGCCUCAAAAACAAAUCCAGUCUCGCUGACAAAACUCACCUUGCCGUGCGCCUCGAAAAGGACCUCCAAUCGAUUGUGAACUGGGGCAAGAUUUGGCUGGUCAACUUCAACGCUUCGAAGACUAAACUGCUCUCUAUUAAUCACCACAGAGAGCCUUCCCUUCCCUCCAUUAUAAUGUCUGACGCUCAACUUCCCGAGAGCAACUCUCUGCGGCUUCUCGGUCUCACGUUGACUGCUGACCUGAGAUGGAAUAAAUACAUCGAGUCAAUUGCCUCGUCCACUUCGAGGAAAGUUGGCUCCCUGAGCCGUGCUAGGAAGUUUUUCUCCCCUGAGUCGAUCCUCCAGAUAUACAAAUCCACAAUUCGCCCUUGCAUGGAGUAUUGCUGCCAUAUAUGGUCUGGCGCCCCUUCUGUUUGCCUCGGGGUUCUUGAUAGGCUCCAGAGGCGGAUAUGUAAUAUGGUUGGCCCUACCCUGGCGUCUCGUCUACAGUCACUUUCUCACAGACGCACCGUCGCCUCCCUCUCUGUCUGUUCUACAAAUACUUUCAUGGAAAUUGCUCCGAGGAACUGCAUUCGCUGGUUCCCAAACUUCAUGAGUUCAAGCGCCCUACGAGGCUGGCAUCCCGCUCUCACCCCUUCACUGUCGAAACUCAUAAAUGUAGCCGUCUCUACUACUCUAAUAGCUUCAUGUCUCGCACUUCUCGCCUGUGGAACUCUCUUCCCUUCUCCUGUUUCCCUGAGAGUUAUAAUCUCCAGCUAUUCAAGUGUAAUGUCAAUCGACAUCUCCAGUUGCCUUAAUCUAUCUACUACCCUCAUCCUUUCUUCUAUCACUCCUAUCUGA